AACCCACCAUCGGAAACCGAUAUCUGGUACACAAGCGGGGAUUUAGCGGUCAUUUGGGACGUUUUCUUAAAGUCAGUGUUUUGAGGUUUUAGCUGAUGUUUUUUGGCUGACGCCAUGGAGCUGGACCGGCGGCUGCUGCUGGCUCACUGUGCCGCUCACGCCCUCUCCAUCGCGGCGGGAUUACUGGUGGUCGUCCCGAUGGCUCUCAGCGGCUCCGCCUUCAAAGGCCGCUGUGCGCUCUUCUCCGCGGGCUACUGGAGGACUGAGAACCGGGACGAGGAGGCGGGAGCACCGGGAGAGGUUUCUCAGCUCGUGGUGCAGCAGUGGGGCCCACCUGAAGCCUGCCAGCUGGCCACGUUCGUGGGUAUUUUCACGGUGCUGUACGGAGCCGCUCAGAGCUGGAGGUGUUUCUUCUACCUGUACGGACGACAUGACGAUACCCUCUUUUCAUCCUUCCUGACUGUCCUGCUGAGUGUGUGUGUGCUCUUCCUGUCUGGAGGGGCCAGCGUCAUCUUGUCUCUCGGCCUGGUCUCCUGGUGUGACACUGUGACUGAUAAUAAUAAGCGGCCGUACAGCUGUGCAGAGUCUCAGUCUGUCCCUCUUUACCUGGACGUGGACACCUCAUCCUUCUACACUGAACUCAAUCUGGCACAGGCAUCUCUGUGGUGCGUGACGGCUCUGUGGCUGACUCAGUCUGUACUGGCCUUCCUGCGGCUCUUCCACUCCCACAGCCAGAACAUCAGCGGGCCUUGCCUUCUUCGAGAGAAAGAGCGUCUGCUGGCGCACAGUCCGUCUGAGUGCUCCCAGUCACCUCCACACCCUCCUGCAACACCCACAGUCUUCGUUUAACAGUGAGAGGAGCAGAGACAUAAGCAGCGACACUUCCAUUUUUAAGACGGUCAUGAAGUGUAAUCCAGUCCAUUCUUAGUUCUGCAUGGACAUCAUCGUUUAGUUUGCUUUCUUUAACAAACUUAAAAACACUGCGGCCAAAUUUAGCCGUCAUGUCUUACCCCACACUGUCUUUCCUGGUUGCCUGGAAUCAUCCAAUCCUCCAAAAUUUCCCAAAUUCUUUCUCCUGGUCAACAAACACUAACAUCAGCAGAGUUUCUGCUGAUGUCUUCAGUAAUGUAAUAAUAUCAGAGGUCUUCAGAAGUCAUAAUUUGACUGGCACUGUUUGAAAGAAACUGUUAGUGCACACUGCAAGUCAAAUAUUUUCAGCAUGUGUGGCAAAAAAAAAGUGGUAAAAUGAAAACGUAACACUUUGCAUUAAUUAACAUCACUUAAAAAGCUUUAACUAAUAAUUAAUUAGGUAUUAACUGUGUUCACAGACCAUUUAUUAAUGAUGUUGAGUACCUAUAAAAUAUUAAAUAAUGUAUGAAUGAACAUCAACAUCCUUAAUAAAUUAUUAUUGAAACACACUUCAGGUUUUUUUUUUUGUUUGUUUGUUUUUAGCAUUUAUUACAUACAUAAACGUGCCACAACUCCACUUCAUUUUUAAUUCGCUGUUCGUUAAUGCUCAUUACUCCAUUAAUUAUUGUACCCUUGUUUUCAAGUGGUACCACUAGAAUGCUUGAAAGAUGAUGCGAUUAAAAGUUUACAUACAUAAAAAACUGACACUUAAUAAGAGUGAGCAGAUAACAGCUGUGUUACAGGCGGACAGAUGUUUCCAGAUGUGCUGUCUGAACUCUUCUGCUAUGUUGAUUUGAUUCCAGUUUAUUUUCUGUUUGUGUUUUAUUGUUCGGUGACAAGGAAAAAUUAUUCUUCACCUUAUUUUUGAAAGCGCCCUCACAUGACAUUAUCAUAUGUGCCUGAAAUAUUUGCACAGUGUGUUAUGAAGUGUGCACAUAACUGGUGUCUGUUUGGAAUAUACUGUAUUCAGAAUGCAUGACUGAAGCAGUUACUCACAAAACCUGUUUAUCUGAGAGAAUGUUUGUUUACCAUCCUGAGUAUAACAUUCAGAGAGGAUUUAUUUUAUUUGAUUAUUAUUUUUUGUUGAUGUGUUUAUUUAUUUUUUGCGUAGCAUGUGGCGCGUACAUGACUGAGUCACCUUACAUGUGAAAUGGCCUCACUGUGUGAGCAUGAAUUUGAUGAUGAAAUGAAAGCCCUGCGUCCCUUCUUCCUGUUCUUCAUGAUGCUGCCUGUGUGGAUACAGCCGCUUAGAGUGCCGCUGUGAAGCAGUCGGAUCUUCUCCACGAAGUGUUUUGAGCCAAUAUCCACUUUAAAGUGGAUAACUGGAGCUUACACUCGUGGUUUACACACUGAGAAAGAUUUGUGCAGAGCACGCAGGGUCACUGGAGGGGAAAACAAAGACAACUUUGCUGGGUUUUUAAUCCAGAUGAUCCUAAGUUGUUCCCAAACUUUUUUUUUUGCCUGUUAUGUUUGACCCAAGUGGCUGUAAUGACGCACAGAUAACGGAACAAGAAAUCAGAAAUUGAAGGGAGACAAGAUGUUAUUGCUUCCUAAAAACAAGUUGAUUUUUGUUUUGAUGAUUUUGUAUCAUAAGUGAUGUUGGUGGCUUCCUCUUCUACCUGUUAAUGUUAAUAAGUAAUAUCUGUUUUUGCAGUUGUACUGUUUGUCAAAUAAAA